CAAAAAUUAAAGUAGUUCAGAACUAAAAAAAAAAGUAUAAUCAUUACAUGCAAAAAACAUCAAUAUUUGCCAUAAAAAAUCGAUACCUAAAAUAUCGAAACAUCAAUACCGAUGUUUCUCCACCUCUAUUUUCCAUGCACAAUCAACAAAGUUUUAGUGACACUUAAGGAAAAUUGUAAUUAAAAACAAUUAUGGAGUCUUUCGAGCAAACCGAUGGCAAUCGCGACGAAUUGAUUAUACAACAACAACGUGAAAUUGAAAAAGAGAUCUCUGAAUCGACUCCAUUGGUCAGCGAACAAUUGCCGCUAACUUGUUUACGUGCCGAAUACGAAGGUGAUGAGAUAUUUACCGCUAAAAUUCAAGAGUUGGCCAAGAAAUACAAAUUCAUACGACGCACACGACCCGAUGGCAACUGUUUCUUUCGAGCGUUUGCUUAUUCUUAUUUGGAAUAUUUAAUCAGCAACAACAGUGCUUACCAAGAGUUUCGCAAAUUGGCCGAAGCCUCCAAAGAGAAACUUGUGCAGCUUGGCUUCCCCAGCUUUACGCUAGAAGACUUUCAUGACACUUUUAUGGAAGUAAUAUCGCGUGUAAGUCCGGAAAAUGCCGAAGGAACUGCAAAAGUGCAAAGCGAACUGCAUAAAAUAUUUAAUGAACAGGGUUAUUCCGAUUAUGUUGUUGUUUAUCUACGUUUGAUUACAUCGGGAAAACUGCAGGAGGACGCUGAUUUUUAUCAAAAUUUUAUUGAGGGUGAUUUCACAAUUGAGGAAUUCCGCCAUCAAGAAGUUGAGCCCAUGUACAAGGAAUCGGAUCACAUACAUAUCAUUGCGCUAUGCACAGCGAUAGGAGUUGGAGUGCGUGUGGAAUAUCUGGAUCGAGGUGAAGGCUCCCAAGUCAAGGCCCAUGACUUUCCCGAGGGAUCAGAGCCAACAGUCUAUCUUAUUUAUAGGCCAGGCCAUUAUGACAUAUUGUAUCCCAACUGAGCGUAUUUAUGAAUCAUAUGUAAGCAAUUAUAAUACACAAAACAAAUUGCAAACUCAUUAACAAACAAUACACAUACAUAAUUAUAAUUUUACACUAGGUAUUUUGUGGUUAACACACACAUACAUAAAGAUCACGAUCAUUUUUAUGGAAUUUAUCAAAACUAAUUUUUGCAAAAUUGUGUGCAUUAUAUAUAUUGAUGCUACUAAUUAACUUUUAUAUCUAUUCAUUCAUCAAUUAAUUGCAAAUAUUAACACCUCCUUCUCUUAUUUGAACAUAUUGGUUUUUAUUUACCAUAAAUUAUUGUCAACAAUUACUCUGUAUUUGUUACUACGGAAGUAAUAAAAGUCGUUUAAUUGCUAAAAUGAUGAAUAACAAAUGGCUUCUUUUCAUGGAUAUAAUUAAACUAAAAAAAUCCCAAAUCAACAUCAUAUUUACACUGUUGUAAAUAAAAAAUACCUUGUAGUAGCUUUGGCAUAAUUGUAAAUAUAUAUUUAUAGCAAAGAACCGGCAUUUAAAAUAAAGUAUAUGAAGAAAUAAUAU